UCCCCGCGCCGCCGGCUCUCCCUCCGUAGACGGAAGCCGAGGAGGGACGAGGGAGCCGGGGAGGUUGGAGCGGCGCGAUGGGGGACUCCAAAGUGAAGGUGGCGGUGCGCGUCCGCCCCAUGAACCGGCGAGAGCUUGAUCUGCAUACAAAAUGUGUGGUGGAUGUGGAUGCAAACAAGGUUAUUCUUCAUCCUGUAAACACCAACCUUUCAAAAGGAGAUGCCAGUAGGACCCAACCAAAGGUGUUUGCUUACGAUCACUGCUUUUGGUCUAUGGAUGAAUCUGUCAAAGAAAAAUACGCAGGUCAAGAUGUUGUUUUCAAGUGCCUUGGAGAGAAUAUUCUUCAGAAUGCCUUUGAAGGCUACAACGCUUGCAUCUUUGCCUAUGGGCAAACUGGAUCUGGAAAAUCAUACACAAUGAUGGGUACUGCUGACCAGCCUGGAUUAAUCCCUAGACUUUGCAGUGGACUCUUUGAAAGAGCUCAGAAAGAAGAAAAUGAAGAGCAGAGUUUCAAAGUGGAAGUAUCCUACAUGGAGAUAUACAAUGAGAAAGUCAGAGAUCUUCUUGACCCAAAAGGAAGCCGUCAGUCAUUAAAAGUUAGAGAACACAGUGUUUAUGGUCCUUACGUAGAUGGCCUAUCCAAACUAGCUGUUGCUAGCUACAAGGACAUCGAGUCCUUGAUGUCCGAGGGCAACAAAUCUCGAACAGUGGCUGCAACCAACAUGAAUGAGGAGAGCAGUCGGUCCCAUGCAGUCUUCAAGAUUAUCCUCACCCACACUCUCUAUGAUGUACAAUCAGGGACGUCAGGUGAGAAGGUGGGCAAGCUGAGUCUGGUGGACUUAGCAGGCAGUGAAAGGGCAACUAAGACUGGUGCUGCAGGAGACAGGCUGAAAGAAGGAAGCAACAUUAACAAAUCCCUCACAACUCUUGGGCUGGUUAUUUCUGCCCUGGCAGAUCAGGCUGCUGGCAAGAACAAGAACAAAUUUGUUCCUUAUCGUGAUUCUGUGCUCACUUGGUUACUUAAAGACAGCCUUGGUGGUAACAGCAAGACUGCCAUGGUAGCAACAGUAAGCCCGGCAGCAGACAACUAUGAUGAGACCCUUUCAACACUGAGGUAUGCAGAUCGGGCCAAGAACAUCGUUAAUCAUGCCGUGGUGAACGAAGACCCCAACGCUCGCAUUAUUCGGGAGCUCCGUGAGGAAGUGGAGAAGCUGCGAGAACAGCUCACAAAAGCAGAGGCUAUGAAAUCACCAGAAUUGAAAGAACGAUUGGAGGAAUCAGAAAAGUUGAUUCAGGAAAUGACUGUGACCUGGGAAGAAAAAUUAAGAAAAACUGAGGAGAUAGCACAGGAGCGUCAGAAACAGUUGGAAAGUCUUGGCAUAUCUCUUCAGUCUUCUGGAAUAAAAGUUGGGGAUAAUAAGUGCUUCCUGGUUAAUUUGAAUGCAGAUCCAGCUCUCAAUGAACUUCUGGUAUACUAUUUAAAGGAGCACACGUUAAUAGGCUCAGACAACUCUCAAGAUAUCCAGCUGUGUGGAAUGGGAAUUCUUCCUGAACACUGCAUUAUAGACAUCACCCCAGAAGGACAGGUUAUGUUAACACCUCAAAAAAAUACUAGGACAUUCGUAAAUGGUUCUGCUGUCAUGUGUCCUAUCCAGCUACAUCAUGGAGACAGAAUACUGUGGGGAAACAACCACUUCUUCAGGUUGAAUUUGCCAAAGAAGAAGAAGAAGGCAGAUCAUGAGGAUGAAGAGCGAGACAACUCUAUGAAAUGCAGUAAUAGUGUGGAGCAGCUGGACAUAGAUGGAGACAAUUCCAGUGAAGUGUCUAGUGAGAUUAACUUCAGCUACGAGUAUGCCCAGAUGGAAGUCACUAUGAAGGCACUUGGUAGUAAUGAUCCAAUGCAGUCAAUCUUGCAAAGCCUGGAGCAGCAACACGAAGAGGAGAAGAGAUCUGCGCUUGAACGACAGAGACUGAUGUAUGAACAUGAACUGGAGCAAUUGCGAAGGCGAUUGUCGCCAGAGAAGCAACAUUUCCGCAGCAUGGACAGGUUCUCCUUCCAUUCUCCCAGCGCUCAGCAGCGCUUACGGCAGUGGGCGGAGGAGAGAGAAGAAAUGUUGACCCACAGCCUGAGAAAGCUGCGAGAGCAGAUUGUUAAAGCCAAUCUGUAUGUGAGAGAAGCCAGUUUUAUCGGAGAGGAAUUGGAUAAGAGGACAGAGUAUAAAGUUACCCUCCAGAUCCCAGCUUCAAGCCUUAACGCUAACAGUAAGAGAGGCGCAAUUCUCAGUGAGCCUGCUAUUCAGGUGAGAAGGAAAGGGAAAGGCAAACAGAUUUGGUCCCUGGAAAAGCUGGAGAAUCGCCUGGUAGAUAUGAGGGAUCUUUACCAGGAAUGGAAGGACUGUGAGGAAGACAACACAGUGAUGAGGGCUUACUUCAGGCGAGCUGAUCCAUUCUACGAUGAGCAGGAAAACCACAGCCUUAUCGGAGUAGCCAAUGUUUUUCUUGAGUGCCUGUUCUAUGAUGUGAAGCUACAAUAUGCUGUUCCAAUCAUCAAUCAGAAGGGAGAGGUAUCAGGUCGUCUCCACGUUGAAGUUGUUCGAGUGAGUGGAGAGAUAGACGACAGGUUGGUUGGAGGCGAGGAUAGUCCAGACUAUUCAAAUGAAAAUGACGUUCAGGAGAGAAAACUCGUCUGCCAGAUUAAAAUACUUCAGGCGACAGGUUUGCCACAGCACCUCUCCAACUUUGUGUUCUGCAAAUAUACGUUCUGGGAUCAACUGGAGCCAGUUACUGUUGCACCUGAGAUGGAUCCUUCCUUAUCUUCCAUCAGCAAGGAGCCACGGUGCAUGGUUGUCUUCGAUCACUGCAAUCAAGUUUCUGUAAAUAUUUCCGAAGACUUCAUGGAACAUCUUUAUGAUGGUGCUUUGGCAAUUGAAGUAUAUGGGCACAAGCAGAGCGGUGACCGCAAAAAUCCAGCCCUGUGGGAUUUGGGAAUAAUUCAAGCCAAAACACGCAGCCUUCGUGACAGGUGGAGUGAAGUAACCCGAAAAGUAGAACUCUGGGUUCAAAUUCUAGAGCUGAAUGAGAAUGGGGAAUACUGCCCAGUUGAGGUGACUCCUGCCAAGGACGUGUGCACAGGAGGCAUCUUCCAGCUCAGACAGGGGCAAUCUCGACGAAUUCAGGUUGAAGUGAGAUCUGUACAGGAAUCUGGGACCUUGCCACUGAUGGAGGAAUCAAUAUUAUCUGUUGGAAUUGGCUGUGUUCAAAUAAAACAUAUCAAGUCACAAAAAGGACCUGAAAAUUAUCCGGAAGAAGAGGAUGAAAUGGACAGUUAUCAGGAUAGGGAUUUGGAGAGGCUCCGUCGGAAAUGGCUGUGUGCCUUAACAAAGCGUCAGGAGUAUCUUGAUCAGCAAUUGCAAAAACUCGUUGGGAAGCCUGAUAAAACAGAAGAUGAUGCAGAUCGGGAGGCGCAGCUUUUAGAGAUGAGGCUAACGCUCACUGAAGAAAGGAAUGCUGUAAUGGUUCCUUCUGCUGGCAGUGGGAUCCCUGGAGCUCCAGCAGAGUGGACUCCUGUGCCUGGUAUGGAAACUCACAUUCCUGUUAUUUUCCUUGACUUGAAUGCUGAUGACUUCAGUUCCCAAGAUAACCUUGAUGACCCAGAAGCGGGUGGGUGGGAUGCUACUCUUGUUGCAGAAGAGGAGGAGGAAUUCUUUGAACUGCAGAUUGUGAAGCAUCAUGAUAGUGAGGUGAAAGCAGAAGCCUCAUGGGAUUCCACAGUCCACGACUGUAUCCAGCUCAGUAAAGGAACAGCAGCAGAUGAACGAGUUUACCUUAUUGUGAGAGCCACUGUCCAGCUCGGCCAUCCUGCAGAAAUGCAAUUAGUGUUACGCAAGCGCAUUUGCGUUAACGUGUAUGGCAGACAGGGUUUUGCACAGAGUUUCCUCCGAAGAAUGUCUCACCGAAGUUCCAUUCCUGGCUGUGGUGUCACUUUUGAGAUAGUCUCAAAUAUUCCAGAGGAUGCUCAAGGAGCUGAAGAGCGGGAGGCACUAGCCAGAAUGGCAGCAAAUGUUGAAGAUGCAGCUUCGGCUGACUCCGAAGCCUAUAUUGAGAAGUACUUGCGGAGUGUGCUGGCUGUGGAGAACAUUCUCACCUUGGAUCGUCUGCGCCAGGAAGGUGCUGUAAAAGAGCAGCUAAUGGGAAAAGGAAAACUCUACCGCAGGAGCCUGAGCUCCCCCAAUGUGAAUCGGCUUUCUGGAAGCCGCCAAGAUUUAGCACCCCCUUAUAACCUGAGCAGUAACCGGGGCCGAUGGGAGAGUCAGCAAGAUGUGUCCCGAGGUGCCACAAAUUCCCGUAGAGGCAUUAGUCCAUCUCGUACCUCUUUGCCGGGCUCUGGGCAGCAAAACCACUCUCCUGAUCCAGGUAUCGGUAGCCUUGCUGCUUCCUAUCUGAAUCCUGUGAAGUCCUUUGUGCCUCAGAUGCCCAAGCUGCUGAAGUCUCUCUUUCCUGUUAGAGAUGAGAAGAAGGCCAGGCAGACCUCUCCUCUUGCACAGCAGGCUGUCCCACGAAUUAUGGUUCAGUCUGCCAGUAUUGAUGCCAGCGCUCCAAGGAUAAAACAGAUGAACCAAGAGGAAGUAGGGAAACAGCCAUUGGAAACGGCAGUGCAGACGUCUGAGGCGGACAAGAGCCCAGAAAAGACCCCCAAAGUGCCUUUGCAGCAGCCCACGGGAGACGCCCAGGCGCAGGACUCCCAGGAAGGACCUCCAAGUCCUCUGAGCGAAGCCUCCAGCGGGUACUUUUCUCACAGCGUCUCGACAGCCACACUCUCUGAAGCCCUUGCGGCGGGAAGUGAUGCUGUAGCUCAGCCAGGGGGUCAAACGCCUGCAGUGAGUGACUUCCCAGCGCCUGCUGUGGCUCAGGUCUCUUCUGACACACCAGGGCACUCGGACAGUUCUUCAGAAAGCUGUCUCAGUACUAAGAGAGACAGUCAACCCGCCUUCAGCCUUCAGAGCACCCACGCAAGACCUAAGGACAGCACUGAAGUGAAUGGAAAUGAUGCUUUGAAAUCAAAAUUUUGCGCAUCUCCUGUGACUCAAAGUGAGCAGGCAAGUGAUGCCUCUGUAGCCGCUGAUGCAAAUACCUUUCUUUCUACCUCCACUCCAAAGAAGGAGUUGUUAUCCAAACAAUCAACAGAGUCAGCAGGACAAGCUAGGAAAAAAGAAAUGGCUUCUGGGUCUUCAGAACUGGGGUUUCCCAAACCACAGAUUCAUCCUGACCAAUUGUCCCAGCCGGGUGUUGCAGCCUCCCCCUUCAAAAUCCAGAAAGUCAAGACAUCAGAGCUGAAGUCCUUCACAAGCAUACUGGGAACAGAUCCCAUGUAUUCACUAAACACAGAAGAGCAGCAAGAAGGAGAAAAGAGCACGUCCGCUGCCCGUGGACUGAACCAUAAUGGAUCAGAGAUGGCAGAAGAAAAACUGGAGGUAACUUCUGACUCUGAAGAUGCCAAUGAAAUUCCCGAGUGGCUGAAAGAGGGCGAAUAUGUCACAGUUGGCGCAAAUAAGACGGGCACCGUUAGAUAUAUUGGGCCCACAGACUUUCAAGAGGGAACAUGGGUUGGUGUUGAACUGGAUUUACCUUCAGGUAAGAACGAUGGCUCGAUUGGAGGGAAGCAGUAUUUCAGGUGCAACCCAGGCUAUGGAUUGCUCGUGAAACCAGGCAGAGUUAAAAAGGCGAUGGGACCAGCAAGACGGCGGAGCACCGGAUUGAGGUUGCAAGGAGGAGCCACUGCUGAGAACAGGAGGAGUGGAAACUUCUCCGGGUCGGCCUCCAACCUGGCUUCGCUCACAGCCCUGGCAAAAUCAGAAGGAGGAUCCACGCCGCGACUGGAGAAGAGCCAGAAAAAUGCGGAGAACAGGAAAUCUUGGGCAAACUGA